CUGCACGUAACGUCAUAAACAGCGCGCCCUCAGCUGAACGUCAUCAGGCCGCACCAUACCUCUUAUCUGAGAGGUUCGCUGCGUGUGACAGCUCUCCCGAGUAUGGAGACCGACUCGUCCCUCCUGACGUCCGAGGUGGAGCGACAGAGGCAGGAGCAGCUCUAUCACCAGCUUCUCGUUCAGACCAUGGGAGGGAUAGAAACCCAGAAUCCUGACUCCCGAGUCAUUCAGCCACAGCCUGGACUGUGUGUGAAGACACUUUCUCUCCCUGACAACGGCAAAGUCUUUGUGAAUAUCUGUCAGUCUUCCUCGAUCCCUCCACCCCCUCACCUCUCCAGAGAGCAGCUGCUGGAACUUCUGCAGUCAGACGACCCAACGGGAUACAAAGUUCCCAUGAGCCUCGGCGAGCCCCAUGCUGAGCUGGACAGCAAUUCCCAAGGCUGUACAGCAUAUGAUGUUGUGAUCAACAAUGAAUUCUUCAAGAAAUGCCAGAAAGACCAGCUCUUCUUGCAGUUUGUUGUUACGGUGUCUCUAGACGGUCUGGAGAACAAGUACGGUGUGGAGCUCAGUCGAGAGUGGAAAGUCCUGAAGAACCGCAAGUUCCUGGGUUCAGUGAACAGUCAAAACAUCCGGACCAAGAGCAAGCCGGUGAUAGAGGAAAUGAGUGCAGUAGACCAGAACACAUCGCCACCUGCUGCCAAACAGCCACAGUUCUGUCUUGUGGUGGAGCCCUCUUGUGGAGACCCAGAGUACCUAACAGCAGAAAUCCAGUUGCCAGGAGUGGUAUCUGCUCGGCCGCUGGUCCUGGAUCUGGGGGAAGACAGGCUGCUGCUCACUGCUCGGCCCUCCCUGUACCACCUGGACUGCUUCUUCCCGCUCUGUGUGGAUCCAGAAAGCAGUUUGGCCCAGUUCAACAGGAACACACAGGUUCUCACUGUGAAAAUGAGAGUGAGCCCCUCAGGAACCACAUAGACACUUUUUUACAUUCUCAAUAAAGAUGUUAUUUGCUAA